ACUGACAGCGGGACAUCGGUUCAUUGAGUGCAAGUAGGACUGAACUCGAGACCAGCCGGUCGCGUUAAGAAGCUGCAGGAGGAGAGGACGCAGGUGGAAGCGGACUCACAUGCACUGAUCGAUAACUGAGCAUCGUCUUGCAGGUUUUCCAUCCAAUUUGACACAGUGCAACCUCAUGUCAGCAAGCAUUCUGAGGGAGUCUGGCUCGGCCAGCUCUGCUGACGCCAAGAAAACCGAGGCCAGAGUGAACGAGAAGAAAUGCUCGUGGGCCUCAUACAUGACCAACUCCCCCACAGUCAUUGUAAUGAUCGGCCUGCCGGCCAGGGGCAAGACCUACAUGUCCAAGAAGUUGACCCGCUACCUCAACUGGAUAGGAGUGCCAACCAAAGUGUUUAACCUGGGCGUGUACCGGAGAGAGGCCGUCCGAGCCUACAAGUCCUACGACUUCUUCCGCCACGAUAACGAGGAAGCUAUGAAAAUAAGGAAACAGUGUGCCCUGGUGGCCCUGCAGGAUGUCAAGGCCUACCUGAACGAGGAGGGAGGACAGAUCGCUGUCUUUGAUGCCACAAACACGACCCGCGAAAGAAGAGACCUCAUUCAUGGCUUUGUCAAAGAGAAUGCAUUCAAGGUGUUCUUUGUGGAGUCAGUCUGUGACGACCCUGAAGUUAUCGCUGCUAAUAUUCUGGAGGUGAAAGUGUCGAGUCCGGACUACCCAGAGAGGCAUAGGGAGAGGGUGAUGGAUGACUUCCUUAAACGAAUAGAGUGCUACAAGGUCACAUACCAGCCCCUCGACCCUGACGAAUAUGACAAGGACCUGUCCUUCAUCAAGGUGAUGAAUGUGGGCCGCAGGUUCCUGGUGAACAAGGUCCAGGACUACAUCCAGAGCAAGAUCGUCUACUACCUCAUGAACAUCCAUGUCCACUCGCACUCCAUCUACCUGUGUCGCCAUGGAGAGAGCAGCCACAACGUAGAGGGGCGGAUCGGGGGAGACUCCGAGCUCUCUCCUCGAGGGAAGCAGUUCUCCCACGUGCUGCGUGGCUUCAUUGAGGACCACCAGCUGUCUGACCUGAAGGUGUGGACCAGCCAGCUGAGGAGGACCAUCCAGACGGCCGAGGAGCUGGCCGUGCCCUACGAGCAGUGGAAGAUCCUCAACGAGAUCGACGCAGGUGUGUGUGAGGAGAUGAGCUACGACAUGAUCCAGAACUCCUUCCCAGAGGAGUUUGCUCUGAGGGACCAGGACAAGUACCACUACCGCUACCCUGGAGGGGAGUCCUACCAGGACCUGGUGCAGCGUCUGGAGCCGGUCAUCAUGGAGCUGGAGCGUCAAGGCAACGUGCUGGUCGUCUGUCACCAGGCAGUCAUGCGCUGUCUGCUCGCCUACUUCCUGGACAAGAAUGCAGAUUACCUCCCAUAUCUGAAGUGUCCUCUGCACACUGUGCUCAAGCUCACUCCUGUGGCCUAUGGCUGCAAAGUGGAGAUGUUUAACUUGAAUGUAGAAGCUGUUAACACGCAUCGGGACCGCCCUCUUGAUAAGGUGCGGAGGGAACCCGCUCCCACUCUGCACCGGAGGAAUAGUUACACCCCUCUGGCCAGUCACGACCAGGUCAAGAGACCCAGGCUCUACAGUGCCGGCAACCGCCCCUGGCUGCCCCUGGCAACCACCCCAUCCGAUCUGCAGUUCCCCGAGAUGCCAGAGGGACAGCCAAGCCAAGAGUCCCUGUGUGAUGGAAUCGACCUUGACAGCCCAACAGAGUCUAGUGGCUGUGUCCGCUUCUGAGUGACUGCGAUGUCAGCCUCUGGACCAGACUGGCUACCCCUCCGUUUGUCUGCUCUGGAGCUGCAUUCAUCUGUUCAUCCUUCCCUCCUCCUCCCAGCCUUGUUCAUCGUUUCCUGCAUGCCUGUUUAAAUGCUCUGUGGUGCAACAUUAGCUGAAAACACCUCCUACAUGUGUGCCAAUACAGAGACGCGCGUCAUCGACAUGCGGCACUGUUUAUUGCUCUCUGUUCUGUGGAUGCUUUGAGGUAUUUUCAUGCUGCAAGUGUACAGCUACACUUGUUGAAUAGAAGAGACUUGGCAGGCAUAUUGAGUUACAAGUUACACGUUUAUUUGCCAUUUGUAACAGGUACAAGUAUUUGGAAUUUUUGGUUCUGCUCCUCUUGUCUCCUAGCGGUCUAACCGAAAUCAUAUAUGGUUGUAAAUCUUAAUGUCUUUAUAAAUAAUCCUAAUUUUGUGUAAUCCUAAUCGCAUUCAAUGCAAAUGGGUGAGUGGCAAUUAUUACUGUAGAACAGUUCCAUCAGUCUCCAGAUGAAUCCACCCUUCACCUUACUAACCAAAUAUGGCAUUGUGAUAUUGUCAUUUUGCAGGUCAGCAUAGAGCUUGUUCGUAUUGGUACUUUGUAUGUUUUAGACAGCCUAAUGCUUUAUAAGUGAUCUCUAAGUGAUAUUAUAGUUGUGAAAAUACAUAUUAAUCUUUGCAUUAUUAAUGUCAGCAGCAGCUAAUGAUAUGUAGGUUAGAAGAACAGUGAUAUUGAGGGUAAAAGAACAUUUAUAAACAAGGAAAAGUCACGUUUCUGUCUUAAUGAUUGUCCAAAUAAGACUCUUGCACAAGUGUUGCUUUGGGAGCAUUUAGUCCAGCCUACAGAACCAAGUUCCUGGUAAUAGUGAAGCAAUGGCCAUGCUUCAAAUGGAUAACAUCUUUAUCUCUGAAUGCAAUUGAAUGUGGCUUAUGUAUGUAAUACUGAUGUCCUAAACAAAAACAAACAGGAUUUUUCUCCUGUUCUGUCACAGGUAUGUCGUGUAUCACAUUAUAUGGGAUAUUUUCAGUAAUAUUUUAACUGACAGGUCAAAUAUAUAUUUGAUAUUCCAGGGCGUUUUACAUUUGGAAACUGAGAAUGUGUAAGACUGAGCAGAGUUUGUGAGUUUUGUGAUGCAAAUGCUGGUACUCAAGCGAUUGUGAAUUAUGUUAAAUGUAGUCAACUGACGCACACUUUAUCAAUGAUUGUGAAAGUGAGAGGAUGUACAUUUUUGGCAAAUAUUUGAGCUUUUGAAUUUUCUGAUACAAAGUCAUUUUUCUGAAUUUAAGGUUCCAAAGAAAUAUGGCAAAUGGGCUGUGUUUGAUAGUUUUACAAUAGUUGUCUUUUCAACCACAGACGGUAAUAUGGCCAAGAUGGUGCAAUCAUGCUUUGCAUUUCCAUGUGUAAAUGUCUAGGUUUGGUGACUAUGCUUUCUAAAUAUUGAUAACCGCAUAUCAACAUCAUGUGGUUUAACAGUGUAUCUACUAUUAUAGUAUUAAAGAGUAUCAUAGUCUC